AUGUUCGAAUCUGUCAACUUGGAUGAAAAUUCCCCAGAAGAUAAGGAACUGACUAAAGUUCUGUCCCCACCGGGUAGUUCUAUUUCUCCAGCUUCACUAGAUAGUAGUUCAUCAUUCACGAAUAGUAGUGAGCGAUACAAUACUUCGACUAGUUGUUUUGAACCAAAAAGUAAUUUACCUUCGUUAUCAUUUUUAAAUGCCAGAGCGGGAUCUUUAGGUGCCAUAUUCAAUCAUAAACAGAUGACCCCACCUUCUGGCUCCAACAUCAGAAGCGAAAAUGUCAAAUCAACGACGAGUAGUAAUAACAGCAGUGACGGUAAUGAAAAUGCAGGACAUCCUACUAGUUCACUGCAAAAUGAAAAUGGACAUUCUCCCUUGACUCCAAAUUCAGCCGUAACUUCGACUGUUACAGAUAAAAAGGGGAAUACAGUCAAACGGAAAUAUUCCAGAAAUGGGUGCUCUGAGUGUAAGAGACGAAGAAUGAAAUGUGAUGAAACCAAACCCACCUGUUGGCAGUGCGCAAGAUUAAACCGUCAAUGUGUUUACGUCUUGAACCCCAAAAACAAGAAAAGAAGAACAUCUAAUACGAGUAGGGUAAAGGAAUUCAGAAAGCUGGCUGCUGAUCACGAUGACGAUCCCUCCGCUGAUCACAAGCGUCAACAUCCAUCUUUUAAAGCUGAGAAAAAAGGAUUAGUACGGCCAAUCCCAGGUGAGGACUCUGCGGACACAAAGCCAAUUAUAGAAAGUGCCAAGAGCCUACCAUUAAAUGAAAUAGAAUCCUUAAAUAUUCCAAACCUUGACCUUACCGCCACUAUGAAUGGUUAUGACGUUAAUUUACUGAUGCAAAACCUAAAUGAUAUGGUCAAUAUGAAGCUUCACGACUCUUACCUAUUGAAUGAAGAAUUGAAAGGGUUGGAUUUACCCGACUUGGACAUUCCUGAACUUCUGCCUGCACCGAAUGCCAAUAACACCGUACCAAUAUCCUUUUUGAUGAAUAAUGUAAUAACUUUUAAUACGAAACUAAGCUCGUUCAAACUGGGUGGUAUUCAUGAUAAAUAUUUAAAGAUAUUUUACUACGAUUGUUUGGAUUCUAUCGCACCAUUUUUCCAAAAUCAAGGCAACCCCCUAAGAGAUAUUUUACUCUCGUUCGCCAAAAAUGAAGCCUAUCUUUUAUCUUCCAUUUUAGCCACAGGAGCAUCCAUAGCUUAUAGAAAAUCAAAUGAUCUAGAAGAUGAGCGGAAUUACUGUGCGUACUUGUCACACUGUCUAAGCCUCUUGGGAGAACAAUUCAAAAAUGAAUCAAACGUUUUGAAUAGAAUAGAACCUAUUAUUCUAACCGUAAUCAUGCUUGCAUGGGAUUGUAUUUACUCCAUGAACUCCCAAUGGAGAUCUCAUUUAAAAGGUGUCACGGACCUUUUCAAAAGAAUUAAUGCCGGAAACUCAUCAAAAGUGCUUAACGUUGCUAAAUGCUGGUUUAAAGUCAUGGAAACAUUUGCUAGCAUAAGUACAGUAUUUGGUGGAUCUUUAAUUGAUAAUAAUGAUCUAGAUGCCAUCUUUGAUCCAUAUGAUUACCAAUACGUCGACUCAUUAAAGUUCCUGAAUAUCAUGACUCCACUAAAUGAAUUUAAUCUUUUAAGAGGUCAUAAAGAGGAUUUUGAUCUUGUUAUCAAGGAAGUUUUCAAAUCACUAAAUACUAUCAGAUCGACUGAAAAAGGUUACUUUUCAAAAGAAGAAGGUUUGUUUACCAAAAAAUUAGACUACCUACUUUUGUCAUCUCAGCCUUCACCCGAAAAAUUCAAAGAUCAUAUAUCAUAUUUCAAUACCCAGAAAAUACUAGUAGAGAUUGACAAACAACUAGAUUACGAAUUUAUUGACAAUUCGGGGAUUAUACCGUCAGAUAAUCAAUCACAUCCUAAAAUAAGUAAUAUUCAUGAUAAUGCCAUUGAUAUGGUGACAUUGAAGAACGGUGAGGAAAUCGCCAUCAGCUGGUAUGAUAUUUCGCAUCAGACUCAAGUUUUAUCCUUCUUGUUGAUUGUAUUAUUAAAGCUUUUAGGUAUACCGAAAGAAUCAAUUACUGUUCAACAAGUUGUCAAAAAGAUCAUGUCAUUUUUCAAGUUUUUAGAUAGCGACUCACCACCACAAAAUUCAAGAACCUGUUAUUGCAAUUUUGCCGUUUUGAUUGCUGGGUUAAAUGCCAUGGACGAGGACACACGGGCAAUUGUUAAAAGAUACUAUAAGAUUAAUGGUGGAAAAUUUCAAAGGCUCACAGAACAUAACCUUAAUAGACUGGAAAAAGUUUGGCAUGGUAAAAACCAAAGUUACAGGUUAGAAGAACAAGAUGUUCUUACAUGGUAG